AUGGCCACAGAGACUGAGACCGAACCGCCGGCUGUGAUAACUCCGACAGUGUCACAGCAAAGCUCGUUCAGCGUGUUGAUAAAGUUCCUUGAGGAGCGAGGUCAUCUCAAACGGCCUCCAGAAUUACAGGAAAGAGACGUACCUGACGGUAUCAAUGAUCAUCCUACCUUCAUGAGGUUUCUGCAAGGUCGUGGGUUCGAUCCUCAGGGUGCCCUCAACCAGUACGAAGAAGCCAUGGCCAUUCGCAAAGACACGGAAGCGAUCAAAGCCUAUGACACUAUUUCUGUCGAUGAAUUUGAAGAAGCGCGUAAAAUGUAUCCCACUUGGUCUGGUCGCCGAGAUAAGCGCGGCCUGCCUCUUUGCAUGUUCGACAUUGGACAACUAACUGCUGAAUCCAUGUCCAAAUACAACGCAAGCCAGACUGCCACGGAAAAAAGUCAGCACACCAUGGUUUAUCACGAUUACAUGACGCGAUUCGUUCUACCUCUCUGUGCGUCAAUGCCGGACUGCAAAGCCCAAAGCCCAUCUGUUGUCAGCUCUGUCUAUGUGGUUAAUGCUGGCAAUUUUGGCCUGAGGCAAGCUUGGUCGUUGAAGGGGUAUGCGCAAGAUGUCAGCCAGCUUCUGGCUGUCUGCUUUCCAGAGAUGGUAGACCGCUGUUAUGUUAUGAACGCGCCGGCAUACUUUGGCAAGAUCUGGGGCAUAUUGUCAAAAUUUAUUGAUCCUCGCACAGCGGCCAAACUCAUCAUCGUCUCCUCUGGUGAGGAUUCGCUGUCAACCUUGACGCCUUAUCUCGAUAUUGAGAACAUACCAACUGAGUAUGGAGGGAAGUUCACGUACAAGCCUGGAAUGACCCCAAGACUCGACGAAGGGCUUCGGAAGUACAUGAACUGGGCGCUGCCUGGGGAGAGUCUUCCUGAAGGACCCAUCAAGUUUAUCCAGGAUCAGAAUAAGAGAAGGGUGGUAGUCGCUACAGGGUCCAUGAGCGGCACGAAAAGGGACGAUACCAUUGCGACCCCCAGCAACUAG